UAAUAUUAUUGUCUAAACAAAAUGCUAAACUACUUUCUUUUUUUUGCCUUUGUUCUUCUAUUUCCUUUUUAACCGGGAAAUUAAAGUUGAAAACGACUUUAAACAGACGGCUUCAAUUGCCAACACGUUAAGCUAAUCUAAUUACCACACACACAUAGCCUCUUUGAGACAGUAGUAAAUAAAGAUCAAAACUGAGUUUGCAUAUUAUUAUGUUUCAUAUCCAUUACAAUCAUUUCUUGAUUCUAAUCAAGAAAGUGUCGUCAUCAUCUUCUUCUUCUUCUUAGCAACAACUGUGAUAGUGUUAUUAAACUCACUUUAGUAGCUUCACUUUUGCUUACCAGCAAGUAGAGGUGAAUUUGAUACUAUGAAGAUCCAACUAUCCGCCUCUUUCUUUCUCUUCUUGGCUGCUUGUCUUUACAGGGUUUCAUCUGAGAUGGAACGUGCAAGCAUCCCACCAAGAGGUUGGAAUUCUUAUGACUCCUUUUGCUGGACUGUUUCUGAAGAAGAGUUCUUGCAAAAUGCUGAGAUCAUUUCCAAAAGUCUAAAACCUCAUGGAUACGAGUAUGUUGUCGUAGACUACCUUUGGUAUAGGAGAAAGGUGCCAGGUGCUUACGUUGAUUCUCUUGGGUUUGAUGUAAUUGAUGAAUGGGGGAGGAUGAUCCCUGACCCGGAUCGAUGGCCUUCUUCCAGAGGUGGGAGAGGAUUCACUGAAGUAGCCAGGAAAGCACAUAGCAUGGGUUUGAAGUUUGGGAUUCAUGUAAUGAGGGGUAUAAGUACACAAGCAUACAAUGCUAACACUCCCAUCUUGGAUACUGCCAAGGGAGGUGCUUAUGAAGAUUCUGGUAGAAAAUGGAGAGCACGAGACAUAGGGGUCAAGGAAAGAACUUGUGCAUGGAUGCAACAUGGUUUCAUGAGUGUAAAUACUAAGUUGGAAGCAGGACGGGCCUUCUUGCGGUCGCUUUAUACACAGUAUGCUGAGUGGGGUGUUGAUUUUGUAAAAAAUGAUUGUGUAUUUGGUGAUGACUUGGAUAUAGAAGAGAUAACAUAUGUGUCAGAGGUUUUGAAGAGUCUUGAUCGACCCAUUCUUUAUUCUUUGUCUCCUGGAACAAGUGUGACACCAACCAUGGCCGAAGAAAUAAGUGGAUUAGUGAACAUGUACAGGAUAACAGGAGAUGAUUGGGAUACAUGGAGAGAUGUAGCAGCUCAUUUUGAUGUUACGAGGGAUUUCUCUACUGCAAGUAUGAUUGGUGCCAAGGGUUUGAUGGGGAAGUCAUGGCCUGACUUAGAUAUGCUACCCUUGGGAUGGCUUACUGAUCCAGGCUCUAAUGAAGGUCCUCAUAGAAGAUGUAACCUUAACUUAGAUGAGCAGAAAACUCAGAUGACUUUGUGGGCAAUGGCCAAGUCUCCUCUCAUGUUUGGAGGAGAUGUUAGAAACAUUGAUAAGACUACCUACAAUUUGAUAACUAAUCCUACUAUUCUAGAAAUAAAUUCUUUUAGCUCAAACAAUAUGGAGUUUCCUUAUGUUAGUAGCAGGAAGAGUUAUAGGACCAAGGCUUUCACAACGCAAUCAAAAAUAUUUCAGAUGGAUAUGAGUACAUCACCUGCACGUUCUUUGAGUCUCACCAACUGCAAAGAUCCAAAUGCAAAUGGUUGGUCAAUUGCAUCUUUUGACCAAGAUAUGGAACAGAUCUGCUGGAACGAGAACUUAAGAAGCCAUGAACCUUUAUGCCUAUACAAGAGAAAACCUCUUCUGAAUUUGAAUGAAUGGAUUAUUUAUGAGCAAAAGAAGCUGCAUUCUUUUGCGAGUGAUGGGCUGGAGUUUUGCUUGGAUGCUUCUCCAAGACAGAAGCUUUCUGCAAAAGAAUUGAGGAAUACUUCAUUCUCGCCUUGCAGAUGGGAUGCGAACCAGAUGUGGGAGUUGAAUAAUAACGGAGCACUUGUCAGCAACUAUUCUGGUCUCUGUGCGAAAGUGAAUUCAAUUGAAGCUGAAACUGCUACCAGUGGAGUUCGCUCUUGGAUUGCAACAGGAAGAAAAGGAGAGAUAUAUGUUGCUCUUUUCAAUCUAAACCAGGAGAAGACAGUAAUAACUGCAAAGAUUUCCGAUAUGGCUAAGGUACUUCCCGAGGAAAACUUGAAUAAUACUUCAUGUAGAGGCAGAGAAGUCUGGAGUGGAAAAUAUUUUGGAGUAAUCAAAGACUCAAUAUCGACAACAGUAAACAUUCAUGGUUGUGCUCUCUUUGUCCUCCACUGUUACUAGUGUAGAAUGACUGGAUGGAGUAGAAAUAUUCCCUUUUCUCUGUCUUUGCAGUCCACCCUUUUGGACUCAAUAUCAAAGAAAUCAGAAAUGUAAAGAAAACUGUAGUAACAAAUGUAAUGAAGGCCUAUGCUGACAUAAGUUGGUGCAGGAUUUUGUAGUUUUUGUGCAAUGGAAGAUGGAUUAGGAAGAUAAUCUCAAUGCUUAGAAGGUUAAUUUUUGGGGAUAUUUAGUUGCUAUGCUUUUAUUAUGAAAUGUAUCUCUAGGAAAUAGAGAGCAGAGUAAUUUUAUAAUAAGCUUUUUAUGGGUGUUACUCAACUUAUACCCACCACCCA